GGACCCACUACGGCCCUUGAGGACCGGUUUGCCCACCCCUGCACUUGAAGCUAGCUGUUACUACUGACCAAAUGGACACUUCUUUUACUCUGAUCCCAUAAAUGGGGUUGCAUAAGAAUUUUGACUCAUUAGCUGCCUUUGACGGAGCUCAUUCGCUGCCACCCUCCCACUUCAAAUGGAUUGGAUGUCUAUUCGUGAUAAACUCAUUGGUUGGAGUGUGCAUCCUGGCCAGAGGAAGAACAAGUGUUUUAACGCUCAUCAGCUCCCCACCAGGUUUGUAUUGAAGAAGUGCAAAGUUGUUUCAAUACUGAUAUUCGAAAAAUCGCCUUUGCCUUACAAAACUACUUGUUAAAUAAAAAUCCUGAACAUUUUUGCUGUGAUACUUUUUUUUUUCCAGUGACGUGUGAACUACCAGUGACAUGCCAGUCCCUCCUCCUUCCUCUAUUCCUUCCUUUUUUUCUUCCUUGUCAGGCAGAGUGAGACGGGAGCACAAGGAAGGGGACACAGAUGCGGGCAGAAAAAUGUCCACUUCAGUCAUGGAGACAGAGGGCAAUUUCAUCCCCUAGCACUCCCCGGCUACCUGUCGGAAUGUCCUCCAAACUGUAUCCCUGAGAAUUUUUUUUUUCUCUCAUUUUAAUUUUUUUUUUUUAGGAGGGUGUGUAUCGCUCAUAUGCCGGCACCCCGCAAAUUCCUCUUGGCGUCCACGUCGCUGCCUCUGCAGCUGGACUGGGGCUGGAACGUGAGCGUGUACCUGGCGAUGCUGAUGGGGCUGCUGGGGCUCAUCAUGCUGCUACUCUGGAUGCUCAUGAAGCAGCUGCGCCACUCAGUGGGCAAAGCCACUUUGCAGCUGGCCAGGUCCUUCCGACAGACACCCACUAACAUCGCCAUCGCCGCCGUCUCGGAUCAGGAGCUCCGGCAUGUGCUGUGAAUGGAAACAACCUCCCCUCCCCUUUUCUUCUCCUCGUGGACUGAUGCAAACAAAAUGAGACAAUGGAGGUCAUCCCGUGAUGUCAUGGAGACCGGCGCUGCAAGAUGACACCGCAGGUGGACUGGGCUCGGGUUGACUUUCUUCACCUGACACGCAGCACAGAUACCACUUAGGAAAACCCUCACAAAGAGAGGACUCACCACCACUGUGUGAUCUGUUCUCAAACAUCGCAAACCAACAUGGCAUAUCGAGGCAGUGUUCGACCUUUCGUCAAUUUUAAUGCAAAACACGACGCUGAGAUCCUCCACCGAGCCAUGAAAGGACUCGGGACGGACGAAGACGUGGUUCUCAUGCUUCUGGCGGCGCGCAGCAACGAUCAGCGGCAGCAAAUAAAGGCAGCUUACAAAACAACUUAUGGAAAGGAUCUGAUCGCCGCUCUCAAGUCGGAGCUUGGAGGUUCUUUUGAGAGUCUCAUUGUGGCCCUGAUGACGCCGCCUGUCUUGUACGAUGCUGUGCUUCUGCACAAAGCGAUCAAGGGCGUCGGGACUGACGAUGACGUGCUGAUUGAAAUCUUGGCCUCCAGGAGCAGACCACGCCUUAGAGACAUCGUUAAAGUCUACGAGAAAGAGUUCGGCAGCAAACUGGAGAAAGACAUCUGCAGCGACACUUCGGGUUACUACCAGAGGCUCCUUGUUAUCCUCUUGCAGGGAAGCAGGGAGGACGGAGUCGAUGAGGCAAAUAUCGAGAAAGAUGCCAAGGACUUGUACGUGGCUGGCGAGGGCAAAUUUGGCACAGAUGAAGAGAAAUUCAUCACCAUUCUUGGAAAUAGGAGUGCAGAACAUCUCUGCAAAGUGUUUGCCGUCUACCAAAAGUUGUAUGGUUGUGAAAUGGAGGCCAGUAUUGAAGGCGAGACCACCGGAAACCUGGAGAACUUGCUGCUCGCCGUCGUCAAAUGUGCCCGCAGUGUUCCGUCUUAUUUUGCUGAGACGCUGUACAGAUCCAUGAGGCGUGCCGGGACAGACGACGCCACACUUGUCAGGGUGCUGGUGUCACGCAGUGAGGAGGACAUGCUGGACAUCGCUGCUUGUUUCAAGCGCAAAUACGGCAAUUCACUCUACGAAACCGUUAAGGAGGACACGUCCGGUGACUACCAGAAGUGUUUGCUUUACCUUUGCGGCCCCAGAGAUUGAAGACAAGCAAACUGCUGAAGUCAGCCCCGAAGCAACUUUGGAUGAAAAAACAUACAGCAGCAUUGAUUAGCCACCAAAGCUGAUUUUUCAUAUUAUUGGCAUUUUGGCACAUGUGCAUGUUAAUUGCAUAUAAGAUUCCAGUUCCUUUCACAGAUGUUUAUUGAUCCUCAACACACCAUAGAAUUAUAGUUCCAAUAUAAAAAAUAAGGCUAAUGGAAAAAAGACAAUGUACUAACCAAUUCAGCCUGCUAUAAAUCAUUGAGUCUUCUCCAAAAGGUGAAAAGUUGAUGCUUCCAACAUGAAAACUUGCUGGUUUACAGCAUUUGUAAACGAUGCAAAAAAAAAGAGGGAAAAAAAUCUAUUACUGACAACACAUGCAAGACAAAAAUAGAAGACAAUUGCACUGUUUUUUCACUGAGUGUAAAGCUCACGGUUAGCGGCUUAGUGAACGUACUUCCGGUGAACAUUUCAAAAUAAAAGCAUGCCAAGUUCAACAUGUAAACAAAGAUUUUUGGAGCACAUAAAAAGUAGCUUUAAAAUGACAACCAUUAUCACAAAUUGUGUUGGCAAUGAAUAAUUUGGCUUCAAAUUUGCUAACAUGCGCUUUCUGCAGGACAAGAUGACAGUCAUUUUGGAUCAAAUAAACACUUUUGAUGGGCUUUAAUUGGCAGAGAACAAAAACUGUGUUUGGUUUGUCAACGAUUAUAUAUUCUGCACUUAGCUUUCAAAUGACUGGUUAUGCGUUGUGUGUAUGUGUUUAAAUAAAUUUAAAUAAAUUUUCUGACUAUAAGCCACUACUUUUUUCUUUCAUUUU